AUGCCUGGAGUAAUCAUCACCGACGAAAAGUCUGUCAAGACCGAGGUGCCCGGUCCCGUUUCGAAGGCAGCCGCUGCGAAACUUGGUCGCGUCUUCGAUGGCCGAGCAGUACACUUCGUCGUCGACUAUGCCAAGUCCCAUGACAACUAUAUUGUGGACGUCGAUGGCAACACCUACCUCGACGUCUAUUCCCAGAUCGCCUCGAUUCCAGUUGGCUACAACAAUCAGACUCUGAUUGAGGCUGCCAAGUCACCAGAGAUGAUUUCUGCUCUCGUCAACCGACCGGCCCUUGGCAACUUUCCUGCUCAGGAUUGGGUUGCCCUCCUGUCUGAUGGUCUGCUUCGUGUCGCCCCUAAAGGACUUGACAAGAUCUUCACUGCCCAGUCUGGGUCUGAGGCGAACGAACUAGCCUAUAAGGCGGCCUUCAUGCUCUACCAGCGGCGCAAGCGAGGUGAAGGCGUCGAGUGGACUCAGGAAGAGAUCGCCUCUUGCCUAAAGAACCAAGCACCUGGAUCACCGGACCUGUCUAUCCUUAGCUUCAAGAACUCGUUCCACGGUCGAGGUUUCGGCAGUUUGUCUACGACUCGCUCGAAAGCCGUCCACAAGCUCGAUAUUCCGGCCUUCAAAUGGCCACAGGCAGAUUUCCCACAACUAAGAUAUCCCCUUGAUCAGUACCAGGCGGAGAACAACGCUGAAGAACAAAGGUGUCUGCAGCAAGUUGAGACCAUCAUCACUUCAUGGCACUGCCCAGUGGCUGGCUGCAUUAUUGAGCCCAUCCAGAGCGAAGGAGGCGACAACCACGCGUCUCCCGCUUUUUUCCAGGGCCUUCGCGAGAUCACUAAGAAGCAUGGAGUGAUGCUCAUUGCGGAUGAGGUGCAGACCGGCUUCGGUGCUACCGGAAAGUUUUGGGGACACGAACACUGGCAGCUCAGCAAUCCUCCUGAUAUGGUCACCUUCUCCAAGAAGGCACAAACCGCCGGGUACUACUUCGGAAACGAUGCUCUGGUGCCUGAUAAGGCAUAUCGCCAGUUCAAUACGUGGAUCGGCGACCCAGCCCGUGUCGUCCUAUCGAACGCUGUCAUCAGCGAAAUCCUGAACAACAACCUCGUGGAGCAGUGUGCGAAGGUGGGCGACAAACUUUAUGGCGCACUGGAGCAACUGAGCUCGAGGUUCCCUGAUCAUAUUCAGAAUCUCCGUGGCAAGGGUCAGGGUACGUAUAUCGCAUUCGAUACCGCAGAUCCAGCGGCGCUUGUCGGGAAAAUGAGGCGGAUGGGUGUUAACAUUGGCACUUGCGGCACCAAGACAGUCCGCCUGAGGCCGAUGCUGAUCUUCACUGAGCAGCACGUGCCAAUGUUUGUUGACACUCUGGAGAAAGCUCUUCAGAUUUGA